UAUCUUCCUCCAAGUACUAGAUGCGCGGACAAGGAACAACAUAGUAAAACAAUAUCCCGCAAUGGCCGGAGUCCGCUAUACACCUCCAAAGCGACUUCCCCUUGCUGCUCGCAAGUACAACAAGUCCCAAAUUUGCGAAGAUGAUAAUCUACAACGUAUUCAAUUCGCUAUCUCAGGCAUUCUUCGUCCUUUGGAUGUACUGGCUCAUAUGCUACUCCCACUAGUGCCAUCUGAAGAUGUAGGUCGGGUAUACUCCGCUAUGAACGACACUCGACUGUUGAUUUUGAACGCCGCUGGAGUAGCCAGCGAACAACGGACUAACAUCAUGCCAAAGAGCCGCUAACCCAGACUUUCAACAACCGCAAUCCGAUGGUAAUUACAGCAUGCCGGUGUCUGCCUUUCAAGAUACGUUGACACAACAAUCCGCCUUGCACAAAGCUAUGAGGGAGGCUCAAUCGAAACCUCACCGGUUGUCGCACCAACCCGCUCCACAACAGAAGUUUUUCUUCGACCAUCUGAUCUUUUCAGCAUUGUUCUCUUAAAAUGCACGUUAGAUGAGACAGGCCGGCUUGGCU